CAGCAACACCCGGAAGCUAAUUACCUUCCCGGACGGGCCAAGCUCCUUGCUGUCACAUUCCGUCACCGCGGAGGGGCCGCUCAGGCACAAUACAUAUGCGGCACCUACCCAUUCAAUAAUCCAACUUGGGAAGCAAUCUGCCUGUGUUUCAACCUAGGUGCCCACAGAACACUUUCUUCUGGCCAACGACUCAGAAACGUAAAGAACGAUUCGCUUGAACCCACAAACAUGGGCGCCGUCACCUCCCGAAUCUGGGGUACAUCCUCCGCGGACCUCAAGCUCGACAGCGUGGUCAAGCUCUCCAACGGCGUGACCAUGCCGCGCCUAGGCUUCGGCGUGUGGCAGAUUGACCCCGCCGUGUGCACCUCCGUGGUCGAGACGGCCCUCGAGGCCGGCUACCGGCACGUCGACUCGGCACAGGCGUACCGCAACGAAGCCGAGGCCGGUGCGGCCCUGCGCUCGUCCAGCGCCGUCAAACGCAAGGACGUCUUCUUCACGACCAAGAUCCCGCGGGACCUGGGCAGCGUGGACGCCAACUAUGCGAGCCUCGUGGAGAGCGUCAACAAGAUUAACGGCGAUGGCCCGGACGCCGAUGCUUAUGUGGAUCUGUUCCUGAUUCAUACCCCGCGUAUGGGCCCCGAGGGGAUCAAGAAUGUGUGGCAGGCGCUGGAGAGGUUGCUCAAGGAGGGCAAGACCCGGAGCAUUGGGGUCAGUAACUUCAAUGGUGAGAAUAUACAGGGUAUGAAGGAGUAUGCUACUCUCAACCCAUGGGUCCAGGAGAAAGAAAUCACCAAAUACUGUGAGGAAAAUGGCAUAGUACUCCAGGCAUAUAGUCCACUGGAAAACGGGAGGAAGCUCGAUGAUCCUACCGUUGGUGAGAUUGGCAAGAAGUACAAGAAGUCGCCGGCGCAGAUCUUGAUCCGGUACUGUCUCCAGAAGGGAUGGGUGCCUCUGCCAAAGAGCGUCCACAAGGAAAGGAUUGUUCAGAACACCCAGCUGUAUGACUUUGACAUAUCCUCGGAAGACAUGGCCACUUUGGACGGUUUGGAUGGGAAGUAAUUGCGACAGCUGCAUGUUAUAUGAAUACCUAUGCAGGAUCGCCUGCUCCGUCUUGUCGCGGCCAUUUGCAUCAACCACACAAUAAUGCGUUGCCCACUGAAUCG